GCUAGCUCAGUGCUCGCUCGAACGCGGCUCCGAUCGUUGGCUGCUCUCACGUCGCUGCCGCUGCGCUCGCGCCUCUACGCUCGCCGCCGCCGUUGUUGUUGUUAUUGUUGAUUGUGCUCUUCGUUGUCCGACACCGUGCGAGCCGCGCGAGGAGCUCGGCAUGCGGGGAGCAGCGCUCGCGAGCGGCCGCCGCGACGGAGCCCUCGGCUGCUGCACCGGGUCACCGCUCAGACGGUAGGACCGCAGAUGUAGCCUGUCGCCGCGGACACCGCUUCCUCUCUCUCUCUCUCUCUCUCUCUCUCUCUGUCUCUCUGUCUCUCACUCUCUCUCUCUCUCUCUCUCUGUGUCCACUGUCUCUCCCGCACUCUGUGCCCGUCCCCCGAGGUGAUGGUGCAGCCGCGUCAGCUGCCCGCAUAAAUUACGAGUGCGUGCGCGAUCAGCGAUCAGUGCGCGAGUGACGAGCUGCUCCUGCGGACCAGAGCCAGCGGAUGGAAGCCGAUGCGCGCAGAGGCGGCACGAACCGAGCGCGAAGCUGGCCGCGGGGCCUCGAGAGCACUAGCAGCCCGCUGCAGCAGCACUAGAAUUCCCGCGCCGACUCUUCCGAGAAUCCGAGCGGCCGCGGCGGAACAGGGGAAAGGCGGCUUCCGAGAAGAGUGCUGCGCGCGAGGCGACGUCUAAGCAGAGGGGGGAGGAAGAAGCGGCGGCAGGAUGUCGGGCAACUACACGGCGCGCUGCGAGCCGGGGCUGAUGAUACCGAUCUGGUAUCCCCUGGACAACCUCGAGCUCUUCGACAUCGUCUUCCGCGGCAUCAUCUACUUCCUGGUGCUGCUCUACCUCUUCAUCGGCGUCUCGAUAAUCUCGGACCGCUUCAUGGCCGCGAUCGAGGUGAUCACCUCGAAGGAGAAGGAGCUGGUGGUGCGCCGCCAGGGCAAGGAGCCGCAGAUCAUCGUCGUGCGCGUGUGGAACGAGACGGUGGCCAACCUGACCCUCAUGGCGCUGGGCAGCAGCGCGCCCGAGAUCCUCCUCUCCAUCAUCGAGAUCUACGCGAAGAACUUCAAUGCGGGCGAGCUCGGCCCGGGCACGAUCGUCGGCUCGGCGGCCUACAACCUCUUCGUCAUCAUCGCCCUCUGCGUCUUCGUCAUCCCGAACGGCGAGAACCGCAAGAUCAAGCACCUGCGCGUCUUCUUCGUCACCGCGACCUGGAGCAUCUUCGCCUACGUCUGGCUCUACAUCAUCCUCGCGGUGACGAGCCCCGGCGUGCUCGAGGUCUGGGAGGGCCUGCUCACCUUCAGCUUCUUCCCGGCCACGGUGCUGACGGCCUACGUGGCCGACCGGCGGCUCCUCAUCUACAAGUACCUGCACAAGGGCUACCGCAUGAACAAGCGCGGCGUGAUCGUCGAGACGGAGGCCGGCGACUCGGACGGCGGCGUCGAGCUCGAGAUCAAGACCCAGCACGAGCAGUCGAACGGCAUGCUCGACAAGUACGUCGACGCCGACAGCGCGGAGUCGCGCGAGUUCGAGCAGACCCGGCGCGACUACAUCAAGACGCUCAAGGAGCUGCGCAAGAAGUACCCCCAGCUCUCGCUCGAGCAGCUCGAGGUGAUGGCGCACGAGGAGGUGCUGGGCAAGGGCCCCAAGUCCCGGGCGUUCUACCGGGUCCAGGCGACGCGCAAGAUGGUGGGCGCGGGCAACCUCAGCCGCAAGAUCAGCGAGCGCGCCCAGAGCGACCUGAGCGAGGUCAAGGCCGAGCUGCAGCGGGCCGAGGCCGAGAGCAUCGACAUCGAGAACAUCAACGCGACGAGGGUCUACUUCGAGCCCGGCCACUACACCGUCAUGGAGAACGUCGGCAGCUUCGAGGUCGGCGUCACCAGGACCGGCGGCGACCUCAACAAGCCCUGCACCGUCGACUACUGCACGGAGGACGGCACCGCCGAGGCCGGCUCCGACUACGUCAGCGUCAAGGGCACGCUCAGGUUCGAGCCCGGCGAGACCAGGAAGACCAUCAAGCUCUCCGUCAUCGACGACGAGCUCUUCGAGGAGGACGAGCACUUUUACGUGAGACUCACAAACUGUUCGCAACCGGCGAUGCUGGCGUCGCCGAGUCUGGCGACGGUGAUGAUCCUGGACGACGACCACAGCGGCAUCUUCGGCUUCCCGGAGCGCGACAUCGAGUUGAUCGAGAGCAUCGGCCAGUUCCCGCUACGGGUGAUCCGCUACAGUGGCGCCAGGGGACGAGUAGUCAUACCCUAUCGGACCGUCGAGGGCACCGCCAAGCCUGGCAAGCAGUAUCUACACAACGAGGGCAGCCUCACCUUCGAGGAUAACCAGACAGAGAAAACGAUAAACCUGACGAUAAUUGAGGAGGACUCUUACGAGAAGGACGCGCUGUUUUACGUCGAACUCGGCGAGCCACAGCUGCAAGGAGGCAACAAACCGUUCCGUGUGUUUCUAGCGGAGGCAGGCCUGGCGGCCGCUGCGGAGAUAAAGGCGCCGGAGGAGCGCACCGAGGAGGAGAAGAUGGCGCUGCUGGGCAGGCCCAAACUCGGGGAGAUAUUCCGGGCCCAGGUCAGGAUCAAGGAGUCCAAGGAGUUCAAGAACACCGUCGACAAGCUCGUUCAGAGAGCCAACGCGUCCAUCAUUUUGGGCGGAUCCCGGACUGUUCUGUCGACAGGCACGAGCUCGUGGAAGGAGCAGUUCACGGAAGCUCUGACCGUCAGCGGCGGCGACGACGACGAGGACGGCGAUGAGUCCGGGGACGGAACCGCCAGGGUGCCCUCCACACCGUCGGCCGGUGACUAUCUCAUGCACUGCCUCACCAUCUUCUGGAAGGUGCUCUUCGCCUUCGUUCCGCCCACCGACAUCGCCGGGGGCUACCUCUGCUUCGUCGUCAGCAUCUUCGGCAUCGGCGUGGUGACGGCCGUGAUCGGCGACGUCGCCUCCUAUUUCGGCUGCACGCUGGGCAUCAAGGACUCCGUCACGGCCAUUAUGUUCGUCGCGCUUGGCACCAGCAUCCCCGACACGUUCGCGAGCAAGGUGGCCGCUUGCCAGGACAAGUACGCGGAUGCGAGCGUCGGCAACGUGACCGGAAGUAACGCGGUAAAUGUCUUCCUGGGAAUCGGCAUCGCGUGGAGCAUCGCCGCCAUCUACCACGCCUUCAACGGCACAGAGUUCAAAGUCGAGCCCGGCAACCUGGCCUUUUCGGUGACGCUGUUCUGCACGGAGGCGUGCCUGGUGAUCGUGGUGCUGAUGGUGAGGCGAUCGAAGGCGAUCGGAGGCGAGCUUGGCGGACCCUUCGUCCCUAAGGUCGUCACUUCCGUAUUCCUCUUCUCGCUCUGGCUGUUCUACCUGAUAAUGUCGACCCUCGAGGCCUACGAAGUCAUCCAGGGCUUCUAAGCCACGAAGCAUCGACUCACCGUCAUACGUCUAUAUACUCACACCUACAUAUACAUAUAGACAUACAUGUUCAGGCCUAUCUACUCUCGCUAUCAUCGCCGCCCAGCUCUUUCCCUCUCUCUUUCUCUCUCUCUCUCUCUCUCUCUCUCUCUCUCUCUCUCUCUCUCUCUCUCUCUCCCUCUCAUCAGGAUAUCUAUAUAUACACCGACACGCGUGUAUAUGAAUUAUUGGUUCGAUUACACGUGAGCUCGACGAGCAGUUCUUUCGAUCAGCAAAGUGAGCAUUUUUACGGACAAUUCAGUGCGGUCGAGGUAUAACGAGGGUCUGACGGUACUUAAGUUAACGUUAAAAGAGAUAAAAAACUUAAGUAAUAUUAUAUUGAGUGAGAAGACGUGCAUGCUGUGAGCGAAUCAACGAGUGCGUAUGAUGGAAGUAAAAUAUGCGCAACCUACGGAGCAACCAUAUAAGUGAAAUAAGAAAACAAAAUUACGGGAUCUGCCUUAAUGUAGAAAAAAAAUGAUGAACUACUGCGAACGAAGCUCGAGCCUGGGCACAGUCGACGAGCGAAUCCGGACGUUAUGUUAUUGAGAUUAUUAACGAGUUUAAAUUCUAAGGAUGAGAUAUAAGCAAAAAAAUAUAUGUAUACAUAAGUUAGGAUAUUUAGUUAAAAGAAAGUUUGAUGGAGCAGAGAGGACAUGGGGGUGACGAUGAUUGGUACCGGUUUCUAUGUAAUAACGAUGUGCAAUAUUUUAUUAGCGCGAUAAACCACAUCGCUGUUCCCUCCCAUCGGAGAUUCGAUAUAUAAUGAACUGUAUAAUUUUGUAUAAAACACAAUGACCUAUUUUAACUGUGUAUAGUGUACGAAAACCGUCGUAUACAUUCGGAUGGACGAAUCAGGCGUAGCGGAGGAACUCGACGCUUAAAGAUUAUUACUUGGACUUAGGACGUAGAUGAAUGCUUUGGUAUUGUUUUCGUUGAUGAGCUCUUUACACUAGUUACUUAAUGUUUACUGCGACAGUACUUAAUUAUUUUUAAUUGCGAUUUUUUAUCGAAAGAUCGUAUACCGUCGUUUUUAUUAUCCCAGGAGUAAUUCUUUUAGGCCGGUUCCUUCGCACGCUGGUUCUGCCAUUAGUUUGCGAUGUAGUCCGAAAUUAUGUUAACUGUACGAUUUUAUCAGUAUAUAUCUGUGACAUGUUUAAACAUCUUGCACCAAAGGGGGACGAUUGAAAAUCAUAAUGAGAACCUGAUUAUAAUGUUUUGUGAAUCAAAAUUGUUAGCGAUUAUAAUAUGCGAUUGAGUGACCAAGUUGCAAGUUGUAAUUGAAGUAAAAAGAAAACUCUAAAUUAGAUUGCAUUUCAAACUUAAUAAUUUAAUCCAACUUAAUGUAAUACCUUUAAUGUGUUCAUAUUAAUUCACAAUAAAAACAAUCAAUAUAUUA